AUGGCUCUUACGAACGUUUUGUUAUUGAGUCAAAUAGCUGGCCACGUUAUUGGGUUGAUAGUGUCCCUUUGUAUGAUUGUACCCAUGAGUAUGCACCUGCAUGAUUUCAAGGGCAAAUGCCUGUUGUUCUCAGGUGGUACAUGGGAGGACAAUGGUUAUCUGAAGGUGACAUGGGCCAGCCGUGCUUAUUGCGACUAUGUCAUUGCCAUUGGAGUGCUCACAUUUAUAGUUUGCAGUGUGCAGAUCUAUAGGUUGUCCAUGUUCAUGUACAAAGGCGCGGACAGUUCGUUCCUCUCUGCGUUCCUGGAGGCGGUGGGUUCCGCUAUAAUGUGCUUGCUGACUGUGUGCACAGCAAUCAUAAUGACCCUCGGCUUCAUGAGCUGGUGCCAGAUCAUAGUUAUGAGAUUCACCAGUUGUGAAGCAGGUGCUGGUCAAAGCAUAGACAAGGACGAUCAAAUUCAGACGUCUGGAUUCUACAUAGAAACUGGCGCGGCACAGUUCGGUGCGUGGGCUGCAUUCGCUACAUGGGUAGGAUUGGCUGUCUUCUCAACACUGAAGGUGUGCCGGUAUCAUCAGAGGGAAAAUAUCCAGGUGUCCAUGUUCCGCGAGCGUCAACGCCUGGUAAACGAGAGCGGCUCUCCAACCACACAGGACCAUACAGGGAGAUCAACCCCACCUUUAGAAGCUGGCGCGCAAUAG